GACGACUAAGAACACCUCCGCAGUCUGCCUCAGUGUCGUACAAGACGUUUGUUCCGCAAGACGUUUGUUGCUCCUUAGUAUACUGUAAUAUUCCAAACGCGAAUCCCUCUGACGUGUGCGCGUAAGAAUUAUUAUCACAAAGACGUAAUAUUGCAAUUUCGUUCGUCUCGACAAUAACAGUAAUAUCGACGGGUAUAACAAUAAAGUUACUCUACUGCGCAUCGGCCACUGUCUACGAUUAGUGGAUUACUGGAAGCAAAUAUUUCGGUCGUCCCAGAAGCCUGGUUUUUUUUUUGUUUUCGUGCAUUUCCAAAUUAAAUUGCUCUGACGACGCGUCCGUCCCUUUCCGGUCACCUGUGAUAAAGCCGACAUAUUUCUACACCGAGGUUUUUAAAACUAAUGUAAGAUUCAGACAUGGCGGGUACCGAUACCCGAUGGCUGGCGAUACUGUGUUUGCUAUCUGCGGUGCAAUGUGUUCCUUCCAAGGUUACGUCUCAAUUAGAAACAGAUUCCGAAGACUCAAGAAGAGUUCUUGGUUCAAGUGUGGUAACAUCUGUAUCUGUAAUAAUGGAUCAUGGAAAUGGAACCAAAACGUAUUUUGCUGAUGGACAGAGUAAAAAUGUACAUAAACCUACAGAUACUAUUAUAGGUAGUCCUGGAAAUUUACUAUCACCGGACCGUUAUGAGUUUUAUACGUUCGAUGAAACGGGAGAUUUAGUUAAACGAUUAAUGACAUUAGAUGAGAUACAUGGUUUAAUUGCUGGAGCAGAUCCAGAAUCAGUGAUGGCUGAUGCUUCUCCUACGUAUUAUCAUGAUGCACUUGCAAGUCAUUCGUCAGAAGCACUUAUGCACUUACCCGCUUCAGAUCUUGAAUCACUAGAUGCUCCAGCUGUUCACAAGGUUUUGGAAAGUGUACAAAACGUACUAAAAAAUGAAAUGGCAGCUAACUCAGGUAAACCUAUUCCUUCUAUGCCUAGCACAUCUUUACAUCGUCCAGAUUCAGCUUCUGCGUGGUCAGCCUUAUUCCCAGGCCUAAUUGAAACUCCUGAUGACGUAGCUCAUCUUUCUGGGUACUUACUUCCGUCCAAAACUACAGAAUCAAUGGACACACCAUUGAUUAAAAAACCAUUUUCACCAAAUGAGGCACCGUUAGUAUCAAUGCAACCUCAAUCAACAACACUUAAAUUGCCAUCGUCAUCUAUAAAAACACAAUUGACCACUACAACAGAAAAAAUAAGGUCAACACCAAAAUCUACUGUCAAACCUGAAGUAACAACGAAAUUUACUCCAACACAGCCAACAACACAAUGGACAACACUUAAACCAUUAACGACUAAAAAACCUUUCAAGCCAAUACAGUCAUUUGAGAAGCAAAAACCAGCACUGCAAAAACCAAUUUUAAUGUUGCAUUCAACUGCUAAGCCCCCUAUUACUGCUGAUAGUCUUGAGAUGAAUAAAGAAAUGUCUGCUUCUAUAUCAGAUAUGUUAUCACAAGUGACUGAUAGCCAAUCAUCCAACCACAAACCUUUACAAACUAAUGAUUUAAUAGAAAAAGAUAGUACGUCAGAUUAUGUACCAGAAGAAAGUUCGCCAGAAUUAAGUUAUUAUAGCCCAAUAGCAAUGUCAUUGAGCACCGGUGGCGCAUUGAAACCAGUUACAGAAGCUUUAACAUCGGCUAAAAAACCUCCUACUACAAUGACAUUUAAAACUACAACUACAGAUAGACCAUUUUCGCAAAAGACCGCUCCUACUAUUACAGCAACAAGAUUUUCACCACCUAAGUCUAAUUUCACGAAACCUCGACCUCAUGCGAAUGCUACUACAACCUCUUAUAUGACAAAGCCAUCAUCGAUUAAUAAAUUUACUGCAACUACUGCUUCGACUACCAGAAAUAACUACCAGUAUCCACCAAGUAACAUGUCAACUAAGUAUAUGCAAAAAAUUACUCAAACCACUCAAGCUUAUCCAAACAAACUAAUUGACAGUUUCGUAAAAGUUGUUAACAAAACGGUAAAUAAUGCAACUCUUAGCGUGAAACAACCAAUAGAUACGUUUUGGAAUUCCACUGAGGAAGAGUCAAAGAAUAAAUUCGUCAAAGAGCCUGUUAAAGUUUUCCAGACUAAAGUUACUUCAUCUCGACCAAACGGCAUAAAUCGAACGAAUGUCACUUUGUCAAAUCGCAUACAAGAAUUAAAAACUACGGCUAUUCCAAAUUUCGGAUAUGGUUCAUCUACCACUACGGUUCGAAGUCAAACGGAACCAGAUAAAUAUGUAUCUGUAAAAGUGGAAGAAUGGCCAAUUACUGUUCAACAUCCAACUGCUUACCCUUCCACUACUCCAUACAUGAGUACUGAAAAAUCAUUUUUUUCCAGCAAUAGUCAGUCAUUAAGCUCUGUUACAGAUCCUAACGUCAUUAGAGAUUUAAUAUCAUCUUUUAUGACUAAAACGUCAACGGUUUCCAGUAUCUCCACUAGUACUGUAUCUCCAACUACUGUUAGUGCUGAACAAACGCUGACUGCGGCUAUGUCGACUACUACACCAUCAGUAAUAAAUACUGUGACAGGAAUUCCUACAUCAAUGACAUCGUCCACAGUUAGAGAUUUAAUGACAUCAACAACAACUACGACGACCACAACAACUCCAACUACAACAAUAUCAACGAAAACAGAAGCCUCGGAAAAUACAACAGUGGAAACUACAACGAAAUCAGCAUUAACGACAACAGGAAUGGAAACGGUAAAAACCGCUGUUGAAGCUGCAGAUACAGGUAUAAUUGCAGUGACGACUACUGCGGCUUCAAUGAGUGCUGCGAAUAUGAUAGCUGCCGGUACGACAGUUGCUCAGAUAACAACUGACACACCGAUAACACAGUCCACGGCCAGUGCAGCAACAGAUUCAAUAACAUCCACAACAGCGACUGGAACAACGGUUGCCAAUGUGACCACUGUUACAUUUACAACACCAGAAUCGGAAACGCAGUACGUACCCGUGACACAUUUUUUGCCUGAAUUACAACUGAAAGACAGACCAGAAACUGAAAUUAACAACAGUGCACCGGGCGUAGAUAUGAUGCUCAAAGACGGUAUAAACGCGGUAACUAGUAUGUUGCAAGACACACAAAAGCCGGCAGUGCCGACGGUUCUUGAAACUGAGUAUCAGGAAAUUGGUAAGCACCCUUACGAAAAAUUGUCUUCAAUUGAGGGUAAACAAUCAUCUACCGAACAAACUAGCCGGAAACAAGCGACUGUUAAAUCAGACUUUGACGAAACUACCACAUUUACCGUAUCCGAGAACACAGCGACUCAGGAUUUAUACGAGUUCACUACGAUUGCAGCGGAAUCGGUUACCAAGUUUGUUGAGCAGAACGAUUCGAUGGCCGCGGAAUCGGUAACCACCAAUGAAACAGAACAGAUUUUGCGAAAUUCAGAACUAGGCUUGGAAAUGUUGACUGUAUUCAAUGUUAGUUCUACCGAUGGACCUGGACAAGUGGCUAAAUUGACCGAUUUGGCAUCGGAAACGCAAGCGUUAUUCGACACCACCACGCCAUUUGAAAACCGAAGCGCCGUUACCAAUUUGGCUACCGAUACGGAAGAACCUGUAACUACAACAUUUCCCCUUCAUGUCCCUCCAGUGACGAAGGAAGUGACGGCAUCAACCGUAACCGUGCCGUCAACAUCGACUACCACGACGAAACUACCGUCACCAAUACCAUUAGUCAAAGCAGCGACUGUAACACCAGCAUCAGUAACGACAGCAACGGCACCAACAACAGCAUCAGCAGCAGUAUCAGUCACAGCGUCAGAAUCUGAAAUUCAAAACUCAACGACGACAGUAGCCGAAAACUCUUCAGUGGCCGUAGCAAACUACACUACUUUGUCCACACCAGCUACGGUCACGUCAUCGCCUAUAGUAAAAUCACCUGGACCUUCAUCCAAUGCAUACAGGCCACCAAUGGCGAAUAGUGCGUCUCCGUCUACAGUUGAGCUGCAUCCUGCGCCGCACGAGAGCAUGGGCAUGGAAGCAAGUGUAGCUUUCUUGGGUGAUGACGUACGCCGAUUUGUGGACCUUUGUAAUGAGCUGUCGUUCAAAAUGUGGACAGCCGUAACCGGAAAAGGUCAAAUAGCAUCCAGAAGUCUGGUGCUAUCUCCUUUCGAGCUAACCGCUAUGCUAGCCAUGGUAUUCUUAGGGGCCCGUGGUUCCACUUCCGGUCAGAUGAACGACGUACUUCGGCUUGAUGAUAUGGUGACAUUUAAUCCUCACCAAGUACUUCGGAAUAUAACACACUCGAUAACGAAUGUCAACAAUCCUGGUGUGGCCACCGCAUCUUUCGUCAGGGAGAUAUACAGCCAUAAGGGAAAUGGCAAAAUACUAGAAUUCUAUAAAGAACGAGUACAGCAGUAUUAUGAUGGACACGUAGAAGAAGUCGACUUUAACACGAUCGGAGACGUUUUAAGGAGACGAACGAAUUUAUUGGUCAAAAGACAAACAUUGGGUCGUGUUGUAGAAUAUCUUCGCGGAUCUGGUUUAAGUUUGACACCGCCAUUCGCUGCAUUCAGUGCUAACGUAUUCCAGACGAGCUGCGAGAGCGCGUCAACCGAAGGCCGGGACGGUGAAAUGUACUUCGUGGUGAGGCCGUCAACCAGACAGCGACGCCUGGUACCGGUGCCGGCGGCCGUGUGGCGCAGUGGGUUCCUGGCCGGUUACGAACCCGGGCUAGACGCGACGGCCGUUUGCCUGGGCCCGGACUCGGCAGUGUCCACCAUACUGGUGCUGCCGGGCCAGCAGGGCCAGGUGGCUCCAGGUGACGGACUUGCCCGAUUGGAGCAGCGGCUCAUCGAGACGUCUUACCGACGGGGCGGCUGGUCUCGAGUACUCCGGAGCCUGUUGCCUCGGCCCGGGCUCGAGCUGCAGGUGCCGCGGUUCUCGCACCGAUCCGUGCUGAACACCACGGCCGCCCUGCAAAAGAUGGGUCUCCGGGACGUGUUCAGCGACCAGAAGGCAGACUUGCGCGGCGUCAACGGGCUGUACGACUUGUACCUGUCCGACAUGCUGCAGGUGAACACGUUCAGUACGUGCGGCGAGGACACCAUCGGCGCCAGGCAUCACGUGGAAACGUAUCCGGCGUCACCGCAGCGGAUGGGUCGCAACGGCCGCGACGGGAGCAGUCUAACCGGAAGUGACGACGAUGACCGCGUAAGCACCGACGAGAGCAUUCACGAUGGCGUCCACGAAGGUGGUCGCCGGAAACGCGACGCCGAUGACUUGCCGCUGCACAGCCCGUACUCGCAUUUGCCGCUCAACCUGCGGCCCAGGCAGGCGAGACUCCCGGACGUGCCGAGGCUCCGGUUCGACAGGCCGUUUUUGUACCUUGUCCGGCACAACCCCACAGGCAUGAUCAUCUACUUGGGCAGGUUUAAUCCGAGGCUGUUGCCGUGAACCGUCACGCGACGAUUAUAAUAAUUAACGAAAUCAUUAUUAUUAAUAAUAACCAUAUUGACAUCGUCCAAAAAAACAUAAUGUAACAUUAUAAAUAUGUGUACACUAUCACACUAUUGCCAAAUGAUGGAUUUAAUGUGAGUUUCUGUUUUAAAAAUAUCGAAUCGACCGCAAGACAUAAUUCCGUUUUUGCAACCAAAAAUUAACUGCAGUACCUACUGUGUUUGACAUUAGGUUUUAUGGAACUAAUCCUGUCGAUUUCACUGACAUUUAACAAUAAAAGUAUUUAAAAAUGAUCCAUUGAUAUUUUUCAAAUAAUUUUAUGAUCUUGGUAAAAUCGACAUCCUAAACGUUUAUUUAAGUUUAUUAUUAUAUACAAUAAUUUUACAUAUUAUUUAUAUAGGUAUAUUUAUUUUUAU